AAGAACCCGGAAGUUGAAGGUUGUUUUGUUGACAUCAGGACGAGCGACGUUAAAGAGAAAGGAAAACAAUCCAGUUCAUGCGAAACCGAAUUAUUUGAGGAAAGUAAAUGAUCCGGAGUUAAACUCCCACGGACCAGAUCAAAGUUAAAGCCGGAUUCGGGCUCGGAGCUCAUGAUGCCCGAGAUCUGAGUGCUCUGUCGGCUCUCCUCCGACGCUGUGGCGUUUGACCUCUGACUCCGAAAGGGCGCGUCACCAUGGCAACCAAAGCAGGGGACGACCCCGAGAGCCUCAUGUCCCUGUGCACCGUGUUCUGUCUGAAGAACCUCAGAAGAACCAUGUGCUACAUGGGCGAGAGGAACAAACUGUGCCUUCGUCCCGACGUCUUCUUACCAAGCGAGAUCUGUGACAAGCUCGUCAACGUGUACAUGGAGCUGGUGCACACAGACAGCGAGUUUGAGCCUCAGGACGGUUUUUUCCAGCUCUUCUGCGACCCGCACAGCACCCGACUGAGCAGACUGCACCUCAGAGAGGACGUCGUACGAGACCGAGACCUCGAGGCCAUCAGCAAGCAGGAUCUGAUGGAGCUCCACCUGACGUGCUGUAACCACCUGAGCGCCCGAAGCCUUCGCACGCUGCGCAACUUCCGGCAAACGCUCGUGUCCCUCAGCCUCUUCGGCUGCUCCAACAUCUUCUUUCGCAAGCCCUCCCCCGAGGACGAUGAGGACGAUGAGGAGGACGAUGAAGAGUUCUGCGAUGGUACUGACUUCUCCUUCCAGGGCUUCAGGAGGCUGUGCAUGUUGAAUGUUGGCAAUCUGCCAGUGGAGGUGGACCCUGAAGCUCUGCUGAAGCCACUGGACACUCUCAGAGCGCUGGACUUGUCCUCAACGCACCUGCCCCGCCCCGCCUUCCUCACACAGUGGAGGGAGCAGCUAGCCUCGCUUGUGCUCUACAACGUGGACCUGAACGAGGAGCUCUUCGCCACCAUCCUGCACAUGAGCCAGCUGAGGCACUUAGAUAUCUCACGCGAAGGUCAGCGCUCCUCCAAGUUCAAGCUGACGAGGAAGAUCCUCACGAACAUCAUACAGAGUUUAGGGAACCUUGUCUCGCUGGACAUCUCGGGACACGUCAUGCUGGACAACUGCACUGUGCCGUACAUCGAGGAGGCCAUGGGACCACCCUGUGUCGAGCCCAGUAAGAGCAGUAUCUACCCCUUCCAGGGCUUGAAGAGGCCUCUGCAGUUUCUGGGUCUUUAUAACACUACACUGUGUAACGUCACACACAUCCCGGCGUUUAAGGUGACAGGCUCUAAGAAUGAAGAGCAGGUGCUGAACGCUAUCGAAGCUUACACUGAACAUCGUCCUGAACUUGCGCACAAAGCCAUCAACCAGCUGUUUGACUUCGUCCGGAUACAGCACUGUAACAACCUGGUCCGAGCAGUGCAGUUGGUGAUAGCAGCACUGAAGUGUCAUAAAUAUGAUAAGAGUAUCCAGGUGACGGGCAGCGCCGCUCUCUUCUACCUGACCAGUACGGAGUACCGGAAUUACCAGAGUGUGAAGAUGCGCAGGCAGGUCAUCGAGGUCGUACUCAAUGGCAUGGAGCAGUACCAGGAGGUCACGGUUCAGAGGAAUUGCUGUCUGACUCUGUGUAAUUUUAACAUCCCUGAUGAGUUGGAGUUUCAGUAUCAUCGCGUUAACCUGCUGCUGUUGAAGAUCCUGGAGCCGGUGCGUCAGGACGAGUCCAUCCAGCGCAUCGCUGUGCACCUCUGCAAUGCCCUGGUCUGCCAGGUGGACAAUGACCACAAGGAGGCCGUGGGCAAGAUGGGCUUUGUUAAGACCAUGUUGAAUUUAAUCCAGAAGAAGCUGCAUGACAGAUUGUGUGAUCAGGUGAUGGAGUUCUCCUGGAGUGCGUUGUGGAACAUCACAGAUGAAACACCAGAUAACUGCCAGAUGUUCCUCAACUGCAGUGGCAUGAACCUGUUCCUGGAUUGCUUAAAGGAGUUUCCAGAUAAACAGGAGCUGCACCGUAACAUGCUGGGGCUGCUGGGUAACGUGGCUGAGGUGAAGGAGCUCAGACCUCAGCUUCUCACCAGCCAGUUCAUCAGCGUCUUCAGUAACCUGUUGGGCAGCAAGGCGGACGGGAUCGAGGUGUCCUAUAACGCCUGCGGGGUUCUGUCCCAUAUCAUGUUUGACGGGCCCGCGGUGUGGACGGUGGAGAACCCGAACCGAGAGAUGGUUAUGGACAAGAUGUGGGACGCCAUCCAGAGCUGGGACGUCACCUCACGCCGCAACAUCAACUACAGGUCAUUCGAACCUAUUCUGCGUCUCCUCCCCCAGAGUAUAUCACCUGUCAGUCAGCACUGGGCCACCUGGGCUCUCUACAACCUGGUGUCUGUGUAUCCAAACAAAUACUGCCCAUUAUUAGUAAAGGAAGGAGGAAUUGCGCUGUUGAAGAAAGUUCUCGAGCUGGAGUCUUCUCACCAAGACACAAAGACCAUGGCACGCAAGGUGAUGGAGCAGUGUGAGAAUUUUAAGGAGGAUCCGAUGGACACCAGCAGGUAAAUGGUGCAGAGCAGGAGAUCUCAGGCAUCAGGGUCCGGUCCACCUUAAAAUGCACCAGAACAGCUCGGCUAAAGGAAUCUAAAGCAAGGAAGCUAGCGCUCACAUCUGUUCCACGCCAUUCAGGAUUCUCCAGUCUCCUCUCUGCUGUGUGUGUGUGUGUGUGUGUGUGUGUUGGACUCAAAGGAUCAAGACGGACACUUAUCCUCUUGAAUACACACUCCUGUGAAAAUAAAAAUGACACUACUUACAAGGGAGAUGGCUUCCACCGGAGUGUGUGUGUGCGUGUGCAUGCAUGUGUGUGUGUGUGUGUGUGUUUCAUAUUUCUGUCGCACAUGAUUAACAGUGUUUGCAUCACUUAUUAUUUUUUUUGACUGUUUUGUUACUUGGUACUUUUUAUGUAUGUAUUGUUUCAUGGCUGUGUGUGUGUGUGUGUGUGUGUGUGUGUUUAUAAAGAACAAAACCAGUGGAAAGUUCUCAUCUGUUUGACGGGGAGCACAAAACAAGGACAGAAAGAAACUCUGACUUUCAUUCUGUGUGUGUGUGUGUGUGUGUGUGUGUGUGAGAGAGAGAGCGCUUCACUAAAUGGUCAUUUGCCCUGUGACAUCAUAACUCCCAUGGACUUUCUGGAAUAAUGUCACACUCCUGAAGCCUCGUGGCAGUUUUGGGUCUUUGAGGACAUUUUACACACACAGACACACACACAUACACGCACACACCCUUAAGACUCCACCCUGUGAAUUUUUUGGUACGUAUUACACACACUGCCGUUUGUGUGUAUCUUCCGACACUUUGGUGACACACUCCAAAUCUACAGCUUUUAAAAAAGAAAAAACACAUCGAGAGAGAGUGACGUUUAUUAUGUUUUAUUAUUAUUAUUAUUAUUAUUUUUAAAUAAUCUUUUUCUGCUGUUCUUAUUUUUCUUUUAAAGUCUCUGAUGGAAUGA